UGACACAACAACGAAGAUGGCGUGCUGCAGAGGCUGUUUUUGUUGCCAGUGCUGCUGCAGAGAAGGAGAGACGCGGACGCCGGAGGAACUGACUAUUCUCGGGGAGAUCGGAGAUGAGGAAGAUGAGAUUCUGCCCAGGAAAGACUAUGAGAGCUUGGAUUAUGACCGCUGCAUCAACGAGCCGUACGUGGAGGUUCUGGAGGGAAUGGACAACAAGAAAGCCAGGAAGUUCGAAGCAGUGCGGUGGGUGAUGGUGUUUGUGAUCGGGGUCACAGUCGGUCUGGUCGGACUGUUUGUGGACUUCUUUGUGCAUCUCUUCACUAAAAUCAAAUUCUCCGUGGUUGGUGAUUCUAUAGAGAAGUGCACAGACAAAGGCUGUCUGUCUUUGUCGCUGCUGGAGCUCCUUACUUUCAACAUGGUGUUCGUCUUCAUCGCCAGCGUGCUCGUCCUUAUUGAGCCGGUGGCUGCAGGUUCUGGUAUUCCAGAAAUCAAAAGUUACCUGAACGGAGUGAAGAUCCCAGGAAUCGUGCGACUGCGAACGUUUCUCUGCAAGGCCACAGGAGUCCUGUUCAGCGUGGCUGGAGGUCUGUUUGUGGGGAAAGAAGGUCCGAUGAUCCACAGUGGAGCCAUAGUGGGAGCCGGCCUUCCUCAGUUCCAGAGCAUCACUUUCAAGAAGAUAAAGUUUGAUUUUCCUUUUUUCCGCAGUGACAGGGACAAGCGAGACUUUGUUUCUGCUGGCGCUGCUGCCGGAGUUGCUGCUGCCUUUGGUGCUCCAAUAGGGGGCACUCUUUUCAGCCUGGAGGAGGGCUCCUCGUUCUGGAACCAGGCCCUCACGUGGAAAGUGCUCUUCUGUUCGAUGUCGGCCACAUUCACGCUAAACUUCUUCCGCUCUGGGAUCAACUUUAAUAAAUGGGGCUCUUUCCAGCUGCCUGGACUCCUUAACUUUGGCGAGUUCAAGUGUGCAGAUGGGGAUAAGAAAUGCCAUCUGUGGACAGCCGUGGACCUGGGCUUCUUCGUCCUGAUGGGUGUGGUGGGUGGCCUGCUGGGGGCGCUCUUCAACUGCAUGAACAAGUGUCUGUCCAGGUAUCGAAUGAGGCACAUUCACCCCAAAGCCCGGUUCUUCAGAGUGCUGGAAAGCCUGCUGGUUGCCAUGGUGACAACAAUGGUGAUCUUCUCCGCCUCUGUUCUGCUGGGUGAAUGUCGUGACCUGUCCUCCCCAACAACACAUAACUCUACGCUUUCAGGCAGCGAGGACAUCAACUCAACCAUCCGACAGUUUUUCUGCUCCAAUAAAACCUACAACGACAUGGCGACGUUGUUCUUCAACCCUCAGCAGGCUGCCAUCCACCAGCUCUUCCACCAGGACGGUACCUUCAGCCCGGUGACGCUGUCCAUCUUCUUCGUGCUCUACUUCCUGUUGGCCUGUUGGACGUAUGGCGUCUCUGUCCCCAGCGGCCUCUUCGUCCCGUCUCUCCUGUGUGGGGCCGCGUUCGGGCGUCUGGUGGCAAACAUCCUCAAAGUGAAACUGGGACUGCAGAUCUACUCCGGGACCUUUGCUCUCAUCGGAGCCGCCGCCUUCCUCGGGGGGGUGGUCAGAAUGACCAUCAGUCUCACCGUCAUCCUCAUCGAAUCCACCAACGAAAUCACAUACGGGCUGCCCAUCAUGAUCACGCUGAUGGUUGCUAAAUGGACCGGAGACUUCUUCAACAAAGGCAUCUAUGACAUCCACAUCCAACUGAAAGGGGUCCCUCUGCUGGAGUGGGAGACGGAGGUGGAGAUGGACAAGCUGACAGCCAGCGACAUCAUGGAGCCCAACCUCACCUACGUUUAUCCCCACACUCGAGUCCAGUCUCUGGUCAGCAUCCUGCGGACCACCGUCUACCACGCCUUUCCCGUGGUCACGGAAAACCGGCAGAACGAGCGGGACUUCAUGAAGGGCAACAUCCUGAUCAGCAACAACAUUCGCUUCAAGAAAUCCAACAUUGUUUCGCGUGCAGCAGAGCAGCGGCGGCGUUGCCAGUCCAUGAAGUCGUACCCCUCGAGCGAGCUGAGGAACGUUUGUGACGAGCAGAACGCGGCGGUGGAACCCGCCGAGGAGGGAGAGGACCUGCUUCAGCAGAUGUUGGAGAGAAGGCACGCUCCCUACCCAAACCUGUACCCAGACCAGUCCCCCAGCGAGGAGUGGACCAUGGAGGAGCGAUUCCGACCGCUCACCUUCCACGGCCUCAUUCUGCGCUCCCAGCUGGUCAACCUGCUCAUCCGGGGCGUCUGCUACUCCGAGAACCAGUCGAGCGCCUCUCAGCCUCGGCUGUCCUUUGCAGAAAUGACGGAAGAUUACCCACGUUACCCGGACAUCCAUGAAGUGGACCUCGCCCUGCUCAAUCCCCGGAUGAUAGUGGAUGUCACGCCCUACAUGAACACAAGCCCGUACACGGUUUCACCAAACACCCGGAUCUCCCAGGUCUUCAACCUGUUCAGGACCAUGGGCCUUCGACACCUUCCCGUGGUCAAUGCUGUUGGAGAAAUUGUUGGAAUAAUCACAAGACAUAAUUUAACCCACGAGUUCCUGGUGGCCAAACUACGACAGCACUACAUCACCAUUUGACCCGACGUUGUGACACCACCUUGCUCCACCUGACCUUUAAGCCUUUUUAAUUUUAGCUCCUCUCUAACCUUUUUAAAGAAUUCCCAGGAACUGACAGGAAACACCUCCCAACCACAGAGAAGUUGCUCUCAGACUGCAGGAUCUCAGAUUUAUCGGUGGGAGUUCCUCCACACUGUUAAAGUCCAAAAAGUAAGAGCUUUCUCGUCUGACUCUGGGUAAUAGUUGAUUUUAGGCUUGCUGUUUUGUUAGCCUUGACCACAGAAAACAAACCGUAAUGAAGAGUAUCUGUGACAGAGUUGUGAAAUGACCCUGUCAGUAUACGGUGAUCUGCCGAGCUAAUUUGAUUUGCAAAAAGCUUGCAUGUCUAUGACAGGCACCAGAGGGCAGGAGGGGUUAAAAGACUCACAUCUACCCCGUUUACACUACCCUUUGUUAACCGUGCCGAGAACGGUCCAAGCUUGGUAACCGAGAUAACUUUCGAGUGUA